GGUUACAAAAGAACUAAAAAGCUAACCUAGCACAGAUUGCAUUUAUGAUUUUUUUGAUUUAUCUCUUAAAGUGGACAUAAUUUCACAAAAAAAUACUUGAUCUAAUGUUGUGACCCUAGUUUUAUGAUGAUGGCAUUAAACGAAGACAAGAAAACUGUAAUUCAAGACUUUAAACUGGACCAAGACAACGAGCUCCGCUUCGAAGUUGAAUCCAAAAAUGAAAAAGUCUACGUCACACUCAAAAGCGGAAAGGCCGAAGUAUUCGGUACCGAACUGGUCAAAGGCAAGACGUACGAGUUCACAUCUGGGGCCAAAGUUGCUGUGUACACCUGGCACGGCUGUACUAUCGAAGUCAAAGGAAAAACCGACGUGAGUUACGUGGCGAAAGAGACCCCAAUGGUCACUUAUUCGAACUGUCACGCGGCUCUAGAAUUCAUGCGAAUUGAGGCAGAGCGGGAGAACAAAAAGGGCCCCACUGUGAUGCUAGUGGGGCCAAAUGAUGUUGGUAAAUCAACGGUGUGCCGCAUUUUGCUUAACUAUGCCGUGAGGAUGGGGCGGAGGCCCAUUUUCGUGGAUCUGGAUGUGGGGCAAGGACAGAUUUCAAUUCCGGGGACCAUAGGUGCCCUACUUAUUGAAAGACCGGCCUCUAUUGAUGAGGGGUUUUCACAAGAGGCCCCACUUGUGUACCACACGGGGCAUAAAUCGCCGCAACCGAACAUCGCACUUUAUUCCAUGUUAGUGACACAACUUGCAAACACAGUAAAAGACAGGCUCGAAGUCAACAAAAAAACCAGGGCGUCUGGUGUUAUUAUUAACACUUGUGGCUGGAUUAAGGGCACUGGAUACAAACAAAUCCUCCACUCGGCGAAAGCUUUCGAAGUUGAUGUUAUUUUAGUUCUGGACCAGGAAAGGCUUUACAAUGAGUUAGUGCGUGAUAUGCCAAAUUUUGUUAAAGUCAUAUUUUUACAAAAAAGUGGUGGCGUGGUUGAACGCUCAAAAAGUGUUAGAUCUGAAGCAAGAGAUCAACGAAUUCGGGAAUAUUUCUACGGAACCCCCAAAAAUUCAAUGUAUCCACACUCGUUUGACGUCAAGUGGAGCGAAAUUAAAAUUUACAAAAUUGGGGCGCCAGCUUUGCCAGACUCGUGCCUGCCUUUGGGUAUGAAGGCAGAGGAUCAUCUGACGAAAUUAGUGCCAGUGACGCCAAAUCCGGGGAUUUUGCAUCAUCUACUUGCAGUCAGUUUUUCAGAGGGAGAAGAUGAAGAUAUCAUCUCCUCACACGUCGCCGGAUUCGUUUGUGUAACCAACGUGGACACGGAUCGCCAAAUCGUUACGCUGUUAUCGCCUCAGCCGAAACCAUUACCUAACAACAUACUUCUUCUGUCAGAGUUACAGUUCAUGGACAGUCAUUAGAUGUAUUUGUCAUUCAAACAUGUAAUAAAAGUAUUCCGAUUUUUA